AUGCCAAAACCUAAAAGAAAAAUUAGGAUAAAGCUUGAAACCUUUGAAAAUGCAGAGGAAAAUACAAAUGUUGAAGAAGAAUCUGCAGAUGAUGAAAUUGAAGAAAGUCAUAUUUUCUUUGAAGAUACUGAGGAUGUAGGAAAUGAAUAUGGAGAGGAAUUUGCAAAUUUUGAAGAUGAAGGUUUUUUGUGGUUUGACAGUGAAAUAAAUAAAAAUGCUGACACAAUCUAUGACAUUUUAUCAAAAAACAUUGAAAAUUUAAUUUCAUCUAAUAGACCUUCAAA